AGAUGCACGAUAGAAAACGCUUCGAACCUUUUCGACCCAAACCUACGGUUUUCCGCCCCCAUCCGCCUCUGGCACCGUCGAAAACCUCACUUUCUGGGUUUUCCUUCCCCACGAUCAGCCGCCAUACAUCUCGGCAAAGACCUUUCUUCAUGUCUUCGGCACCAGACGCGCCCUCCGCCUUCUCCUGCACCUCUUCCUAGCGCCUGUGGACGUCCGGCGACCUCUGUAUGUUUUAGUCCCCUCCCACCUCCGCCGUGUCGAAGUCUGGCCACCUCUCGCUGACUCUCCAUAGUCGUACGGCAGAAGACGUACACCCGCUGCAAGCAGCAGACUAUUUUGGUUGAUUCUUCGGCUGUGAGUGGUGUAGCGUGGUGAAUGGGAGCAAUGACGGUGGAUCGGGCGGACGGACGUAGCGUCAAUCAGUUGAGGCCGCUCGCUUGCUCUCGGAAUAUCCUCCACCGAGCUCACGGCUCUGCUCGCUGGUCCCAAGGUGAUACAAUCGUAUUGGCUGCAGUAUAUGGACCAAAAGCUGGAACAAAGAAGGGUGAGAACCCUGAGAAAGCCUCUAUAGAGGUUAUAUGGAAGCCUAAAACCGGGCAGAUAGGAAAACUGGAAAAGGAAUAUGAGAUGAUCCUGAAGAGAACUUUGCAAAGCAUAUGCUUGAUGACUAUCCAUCCCAAUACAACAACCUCUAUCAUAGUUCAGGUUUUUGGAGAUGAUGGUGCUCUUCUCCCUUGCGCCAUCAAUGCAUCAUGUGCUGCACUUGUAGAUGCUGGUAUUCCUUUAAAACACCUUGCUGUUGCAAUCUGUUGUGGUUUAACAGAGGGUGGAUCGGCGAUUCUAGACCCUACUAAGGCAGAAGAGCAGAAAAUUCAAGCAUUUGCUUAUUUGGUGUUUCCAAAUUCUCCACUAUCAAUCCUUCCUAGUGCGCCAUCAGCAGAGGUUGAUGGACCAAUUGAGAACGGAAUCAUCACAUCUGUUACACAUGGGGUGAUGCCUGUGGUUGACUAUUUCAACUGCCUUGAACGUGGUCGUGCUGCAUGUGCAAAGAUCUCAGAAUUUCAUAGGAGAAGCUUCGAGUCACAAGUCCCGGGUGACCUUACUAAAGCAACAUAGUCAAACAUAUAUCAGCUCUGCUCAGGUACAUUGGAGCAAAGUUAUAUUUCGGAUACUAUACUGUCUUAGUGCUGGCAAAGAUAUGAAGUCUCAAAAUGAGUUUAGAAACUUUAGUUCUUGCUAGAAAGCAAACAUUUGAAGUUCUGUGGUGGCCCCACACUUUGACCGGAUGGCCUGAAUUUCAUGGAUUUGUUUGCAACCUUUCUGAAGCAGAUGUCUUGACAGUAACAAGCUGUUAUAUGGAUUCGUCUAGGACCUAAGGGACCAAGUACCAGGUUAAACUAUAGUAUCCUUGAUAGCUGGCAAUGAAUUUAUUAAGAUUUGUUGGUGUUGAGAAAGGUUCAAGUGCUUUACUCUUGCUGGACCUGUUGUUUGCUUUUGCCCUGUUAAACUGAUGUUCUUAACACUUGAUACCUGGGUGUACCACUUUAUUAUGGAUUAGCUACUGGAGAAAGCUUGUUUUCUGUAUGGACAGUGUACCCGUUUGUCUUUCAACCUUGUUGGUAGGUAUUUUCGCAGACCUGCCUUUGGUAGGGUUUCCUCCUA